AUGCUGCCCUGGAGACGAAGCAAGUUCGUGUUGGUGGAGGAUGACACCAAGCGCAAAGGAAAAAGCCUGAGCCCCCGGCUUGCCUACACGUCGCUGCUCUCCACCUUCCUGCGCUCUUGCCCGGACCUGCUGCCCGACUGGCCUCUGGAGCGCCUGGGUCGGGUCUUCCGCAGCAGGCGCCAAAAAGUGGAGCUCAACAAGGAGGACCCCACUUACACCGUGUGGUACCUGGGCAACGCCGUCACCCUGCACGCUAAGGGCGACGGCUGCACAGAUGACGCCGUUGGCAAGAUCUGGGCGCGUAGCGGGCCGGCGGGGGGCACCAAGAUGAAGCUGACGCUGGGACCCCACGGCAUCCGCAUGCAGCCCUGCGAGCGCACCGGGGGCUCGGGGGCCCGACGACCGGCGCACGCCUACCUGCUGCCGCGCAUCACCUACUGCGCUGCUGACCGCCGCCACCCGCGCGUUUUCGCCUGGGUGUACCGCCACCAGGCGCGCCACAAGGCCGUGGUUCUGCGCUGCCACGCAGUGCUGCUGGCGCGGGCGCACAAGGCGCGGGCCCUGGCGCGCCUGCUGCGCCAGACAGCGCUGGCAGCCUUUACCGACUUCAAACGGCUGCAGAGGCAGAGCGACGCGCGCCACGUGCGCCAGCAGCAUCUCCGGGCGGCCGCGGGUGCCGCCGCCGCCUCGGUGCCCCGAGCGCCCCUGCGCCGUCUUCUCAACGCCAAGUGCGCCUACCGGCCGCCGGCCGCGGAGCGCGGCCGCGGUGCGCCUCGCCUCAGUAGCAUCCAGGAGGAGGAUGAGGAGCAGGAGGAGCAGGAGGAGCAGGAGAUGGGGGCCACUGGGAAGGAGCAGGAAAAGGCUGAGCGGGAGCUAAGCAUAGAAGGCCGUGAGGCCCAGGGCCCGCAGCGCGAGCGCCCCGAGGUGCUGAGCUUGGCCCGGGAGCUGAGGACGUGCAGUCUGAGGGGCUCCGCAGCCGCCACUCCCCGGGCCCCACCCCCGACCCCUCCCCACAAGGGCUGCCUGCCGGCCCUAAAAUGCCCGGCCUUGGAUUCUGCUUCUGGGCAGCCCCUUCCCAGCCCCUUGCCCUGCCACCAGGCCCUGUGUGUUGCAGGGGGGUGGUAGUUGGUGCCUGGUGGCUAGCACAGAGGCCCCUCUCCGAUCUUCCUUGCACUCCAACACUUCCCCAACUCAGGAUCUCCUUCCUUCCCUUUCUCUGACCCUCUCCGAACAAACCUCUCCCCUUGCCAGCAGACCCCAGGCCCUUCCCUUCCCCACACCUAGCCACUUGAGAAGGGAUGGAGAGUUUCCAGAGGUCUAGGAUAGCUUAUACCUGGACCCAGGCAAUGGAGAUGUGGCUGCAACAGGGAGGGUUAGAACUCUGUUCUAGAAACUCCCUUUUUCCUUCCCCUAGGGGACCUGGGGGUGCUUAACAUGAGGUUAGUACCGUGAACUAGAGGAAUUGUAAGGGGACGAUGAACCACCUACUUCUAUGCUCAGGACUUGCCUCCAAGAUGACUCAGCACCCCCAAAGACUGGGAAGGGUGAAUGGCCCUUAAGACCUUCCCCACCCCAGCAACUCUCCAAAGGUUGGGGACUACUCUCUUUACUUUUGGCCCUUCUUAGCCCUGCCACUGAAGGAGAGACUGGACAGAAAACCAGGCCUAUUGUAGUGGCACCUCCUCCCGGGCCCAGCAGCCUCUUGCCAUCCCUACAGGACUGCUGAUUCCCCACCCCCCAGGGCCCUCUUCUCUGCAGAUUCAGGUGUAGGUGGAUCUAUUUAGGAGCCCCUCCCCAAUAUCCCUGGACCAGGAUGGGGCACUGCAGGAGGUAAGGUGACUACAGGGCAGAUGCUCCAAGCACUGAUGUUACUGGGGGCAGAAUCCCUAAAUCAAAGACUGUCCUAAAAGGAGGGUCAUGGAGCAGCUUUCUCUCCACUGAACAAAAUGAAUGGGUAUGUUAACCCAACAAGGGGAUGGGCAGUUGUUAACUGCUCACAGGCCUCUCUACUUGCUGAGGUCACAGAAAGCCCAAAGAUCAAGAUGUCACCAACUGAUCACUGAUAA